CAAACUGGACUAAAUGGAAGAAGUAAAUCAGUCUGUGGUGUCUGAAUUCAUCAUUCUUGGGCUUUGUGAUUCAUGGGAGCUCCAGGACUUACUCCUAGUGAUAUUUUCUUCACUUUAUUUGAUCACCAUUUUAGGCAACAUCUUCAUUGUGGUUAUAAUUAUCACUAACCUCCAUCUCCAUUCCCCUAUGUACUUCCUGUUAGCCAAUCUCUCAUUCAUUGACUUCUGUCUUUCCUCAGUCACUGCCCCUAAAAUGAUCACGGACUUUCUCAAAGAAAAUAAGACCAUCUCCUUCGGAGGCUGUAUGUGUCAAAUUUUCUUUGGACACUUCUUUGGAGGGGGCGAGAUGGUACUGCUUGUGUCAAUGGCCUAUGACCGUUAUGUGGCCAUCUGCAAGCCACUCCAUUACUCCAGCAUCAUGAACAGAUAUAUGUGCAUUGGGUUAGUGAUGAUAUCAUGGAUUAUUGGCUUUGUGCAUUCAACAAGCCAACUAAUUAUGAUUGCAAAGCUGCCCUUCUGUGGACCCAGGGAAUUGGACAGCUUUUUCUGUGAUAUUCCAUUGGUAAUCAAGCUAGCCUGCAUAGACACCUAUAUUCUAGAAAUGUUGAUAAAUGCUGACAGUGGGGUACUGGCAACCAUCUGCUUCAUUCUGUUGCUGAGCUCUUACUCUCAUAUUCUGUUUACUGUCUGCCUUCACUCUAAGGGUGGAGCAUCCAAGGCUCUCUCUACCUGCGCUGCCCACAUCACAGUGGUAGUGUUAUUCUUUGGGCCUUGCAUCUUCAUCUAUUUGUGGCCAGUCAGUAUCCCCUGGGUGGACAAGUUUCUUGCUGUAUUUUAUGCAGUCAUCACACCUCUCCUAAAUCCAGCCAUUUACACCCUAAGAAACAAAGAUAUUAAAAAUGCCAUAAAGAGACUACUAUGUUAGUAUUAGAUUGCAGUGAGUAUUUAGUGUCUCACCCUAGCAUGUUUAUAGUAAUGUCCCUAAAUUAGUCACAUCUGACCUGUUACUUUGAACUGGGAAACAUUACCCAGUUCACAGAUGGUCGUCUAUAUCUCCAAAUGAAAGAUUUGUGUCAAUUCUACUCAAUUCCACAAUCAUUUAUUGAUUAUUGAAUGCUAAAUUAUUUCCUGUCUGGGAAAUUUGGCCAGUCUUUAGGACUAUGAUUUUGACUGUGCUCAAGGAUGACUUGAAGUUAAUUAAUGACAUUUAUUACUCUUGGUGCUACUACUUCCAAUACCCACUACCAUAUGCUGAAAUUUUCUAUUAUGCUAAGCAUUUCUUUGAGCAAAGUAUGUCAUGUAAGUCUUCUCUUAAUUUUUUUCAAUAAGCCAGUGAAUUGAGUAUUGCUAUCUUUAUUUUUACAAAUGGAUAAAUUAGUCAUUCAAUUAAUAAUCACUCUACCUAACUUACCUGAAGAGACACUGUAAAGGUAAUUGUGAAACAUUCCCCAUCACACUCGGAAUAAGACUGAAUCAGUCAUAAUAUAGAGAGAAUGUUAUUCCUUCAACUUCAUGCCUUGGCCAUUUGCAAAACUGUGUAAUUGUCUUUAGGAGAUACACAAUAAAAAGAGAGAUGAGUGCACUAACAAUCUUAGGGUAUUACUUCUCUUUCUUUUAAUAAAUGUGUUGGAAGUUCAUUAUCUAUACCAGAUAAAAUAAGGGACAUUGUGUUAUAUUCUAAAAAUGACUAGGGACCCCAAAGACCUUCUGUUUAAGAAGGUUAUAUCUAUUAACAUUUAUCAGUUUAGAAAUCUUAAAAAAUUAAAUGAUUAUGUACUAAUGCUUAAAAAUAACAAAAAUAAGGCAUUAUUAGUUACUGCAAAUAUCAUAUUUUAGGAAAAGUAACAAUAUUUUCAAAAAUGUAAUAAAGAAGAAUGGAAUGGUUUUACCUAUUUGCAAAUUCCUUUAGCGUAUGGCUGAAUAGAAGCAGUUGAGUUCUCUCAUCUACUCUGCAUUGCGUCUGUUGUAACAUGUGCUUUUGUUAGAAUUAUAUAAAGGCCAUCUGGCCUGACAGAGAUAUAUAGUUGAAUAAAAGAGGAAUGUUUUCAUUUUUGUGGAAAAGCAAUGGUGAAUAAAACUACAGGUGAAAUUUAGCACAAAGCAAGACAGUGGCAUCCUGUACUAGAUAUUGUGGCAGUCCUCAUUAUCACAUACUCACAGUAAAAAAAGUAAAAACUGUAAUAACCUUUUAAAAUUAUGUGUGCAGUAUAAUGCCAGAUUGUAUUGUUGUUUGUUGUUGCUAUUUUGGUUGUGGUUUAAAUAGUGAAUAUUGUAUAUUUCUCCAUUUUGAUGAUUUUCAUUCAAUAUUUACUGCAAUCUGGGAAAGUUUUUUCCACCCUAGCAACACUUCCUAGAUUUCUUCUCAGUUACUGUUUAUCUGAAAGUGUCUUUUUUUUUUUUUGAGAUGGAGUCUCGCUCUGUUGCCCAGGCUGGAGUGCAGUGGCGUGAUCUCAGCUCACUGUAAACUCCACCUCCUGGGUUCACACCAUUCUCCUGCCUCAGCCUCCCGAGUAGCUGGGAUUACAGGUGUGUGCCACCAUGCCCGGCUAAUUUUUUUGUAUUUUUAGUAGAGAUGGGGUUUCACCGUGUUAGCCAGAAUGGUCUCGAUCUCCUGACCUCGUGAUCCACCUGCCUCGGCCUCCCAAAGUGCUGGGAUUACAGGCGUGAGCCACCGUGCCCGGCCGAAAGUGUCUUUAUUUUUUCUUCAUAUUUGAAAGAUAUUUUCAUUAAGUCUGGAAUUCUAAUGUGUCAAUUUUUCUCAAAGCUUGAACUGGAUAAAGAAAAUGUGGUACAUACACACCAUGGAAUCCUACUCAGCCAUUAAAGGGAAUGAGAUCAUGUCCUUUGCAGUGACUGGAUAAAGCUGGAGGCCAUUAUCCUAAGCAAAACUACUCAGGAACAGAAAAACAAAUAUUGCAUGUUCUCAUUUAUGAGUGAGAGCUAAACAUUGAGUGCACAUGGACACAAAGAAGGGAACAACAAACCCCUGGGUUUACUCCAAGGUGGAGGGUGAAAGGAAGGAGAGGAUCAAAAAACUACCUAUCAAGUAGUAUGCAUAUCACCUCAGUGACAAAUUAAUCUGUACACAAAAUCCCCAUGAUGGACAAUUUACUUAUGUAACAAACCUGCGCGUGUACCCCUGAACCUAAAAUAAAAGUAAAAGUAAUAAUAAUAAAAUGUUAUU